AUGCUGGACGUGAAGGAUCUCUUCUCGCCAAAGCGGAAGCGUCUGCUGCGUGGCGAACUUGAGCCCGAGGAGGUUUCGGGCAUAGGCCUGCCCCUGUCCUGGCGCCGCUUCCCAGAUCCUGCAGCUCGGUCCUUGCUACAGAGUCAGGCCAAUCGAGCUUGGGACGUGCUGGGCACUUGUGGAACGUCUUUGAAGAAUUGCCAAAAGGACUUCUGCACGAGCCGAGAUGUCUUGCGCCAGUGCCGCACGCAGCUAGAGGCUCACGUGGCCUGCAGCGCCGCGGUUUGUGACCUGCUUGCGGGGAGGUGGUCGGAUCCCACGGAGGAGGAUUGGGCAUCCGACACGAUAUCUUGUCGACCGGCGGCAGCAUCGAGGCCACGGUACUGCGUGGGCCGUGUUCGGUGCUUCUUCUGCCGUCAGCGCGCCUCCUUGGAGCAGGAGGAGGGGGAGCUGGGACCGGGGGACGAUGCAUGGGACCUCGACUCUGCUGUGCUGGCCGACAUCAGCUGCACGGCCUCCUCGUCGGAUGGAUUCCACGUCGGCACAGAAGGAGGCGACGGAGACGACAUGAGCCAGGUAGAUCAGGAAGCGGAGGCGUCGCCGAUAACGCGGCGGCGGAGGCGGCGGACGUCCCGAGAGCGGGGGCACCGGCGACUGUACAAGUUGAAGCGAAUCCAGGCCGCUUCUAUGCCGACCUGGUAUGCCACCCACACUGUCGAGCCCGUGUCGGAUCCUCCGAAGCUGGCCCCCAGCUUGCGAGAUCAAGGUCACAGCGAGCGCAGCAUGCGCAGCAUGCGCAGCGGCAGCAGCGGGCGUUGCAGCCCAGUGAGUCGAGAGUCCAGUGGAAGGAAGGAGGCAGUCCGGGAGCAUUCGGUGGAGCAGAGGACUGAAAGGAGCGUGAGCAAGGAGGUUCUUGAGGACGAUGCUCCGCAACGAGAGCUUCCAAAAGGGGCCGAUGCUGCAGAGCUGGAGCCAUACACCACAGCCGCUGCAAGGUUUCGCGCGGAGAUGGGGUUCCUGGACAUGUCCAGCUUUCCGGGCAGCCCCGAAGUGCCCAUGGUGUCCGCACCGCACAAAGGCAUGGGCCAAGAUUCACCCGAGAGGGCUUUGCCUCGGCCGCCGAUGCUCCUAGCAGACGUCGAGGUCGAGGCAUGGCAGCGGCUUGCGCCGCCGGCUCCGCCUCCCUCGGCCAGCCACGCACGGAAGAGUCGGUCGGAUGGUUUGACGUUGGAGGAUGAGCUUUCCUCCGGCCCUGAGAUCCCCGUCGCCUGGAGAUGGACUCUUUGCACCUUCAGGCUUCUCAAGGGGUGCCCCUUGAACAAGCAAGCCGUUCUCAAAGGCUGGGCAGCCGCUGCGAAGAGGAGGCAAAGCUCGUCUGCAGCAGCCAUCGGCGCUGUGCACCAACCUUCGGUGGCAAGGCCGGUCCGGCACUUGCAGAGCUCUGAUCCCAGUCCAGUGCCAGAGGAUGCGAGACGCCCUGGCAGCGGCUUGCGAAGUCGUGACGGCUGA